AUGAACUCCGAAGACGAGCAGCUCGUCAAAUUCUACAACCAUCGCGUGGCGGCGCACCGAAAACUCCUCUCCACGACAAGCGACAAACUCUGGCAAAAGCUUCACUGGUCAGGCUGGAGCAUUUCGCUGCUGAUCCUCGCGGCUACAUUUCUCUACCGAGCGUAUGGCCAGGAAACAACCCUCGACGCAGUCGUGACAUCAGCCGCCAACAUCCUACUCGAGGCGCUCAUUUUUAUCCUACCCGCCCGUGUCAUCUUUGCUCUCGACAGCUGGGUCAACCCUUCGCAAUCGAUGAACAGCAGUAAUACACACACAGCCAAAAGCGAUGCGAUGCGCCGUAUCAUAGGACUAGAUCGCCCCGGAGGCAUGAUGGCAUCAGUUAUGAAGGCGAGAAGCCGCGCGCUCUCAGCCACAAGCAGCGUCUUUGGCAUACAGACGGAAUCCGAUCGGCCGCCGGGGCUGGGCAAUAUUGAUAAUUCCUGCUACCAGAACAGCAUCCUGCAGGGUCUGUCAUCUCUGGAUUCCAUGCCGGAAUUUCUGUCGACUUGCCUCGAGAAUCUAGACACCGAACAAUCGAACAACAGUGUCGCUCAGACACUAAAAACACUGAUAUUCGACCUAAACGAUCUCGAAAAUAACGGGCAGACGUUGUGGACGCCAAGAGUCCUCAAAUCGAUGAGCACGUGGACGCAGCAGGAUGCACAAGAAUAUUACUCCAAAAUAUUGGAUGACAUCGAAAGGGGUGUGACCGCGGCAGUCCAGGAGAGGCGACCACUGCACGGGCUGGAAAGUGACACACCGGUCAAGGACGAUGCGACACCCAGCGAACACAGCGAUGAUAGUGGAUACCAAAGCGCCAGCCCCGACAGUAGAUUGUCAGAGAUGAAGCUGGUUCGAAAUCCCCUCGAGGGCCUCCUCGCACAGAGAGUGGCCUGUAUCCGAUGCGGUCACUCGGAUGGUAUCUCCAUGAUCCCUUUCAAUUGUCUGACACUAAGUCUUGGACUGGAGAAGCAUCAGCAUGAUCUCUACGAGCGUUUAGACGCCUACACCAAGGUCGAGGCAAUUGAGGGUGUCGAGUGCCCGAAGUGCACGCUCCUGAAAACGCAGGACCUUUUGACGAACCUCCUAAAUAAGAUGAAGGAGAAAAAUAUGCCAGAGGCGCAGUUGGCUGACCCUGUACGGCGCUUAGAGGCAGUCAAUCUUGCUUUGGAGGAAGACGACUUUGAUGAAAAGACUCUCCAUGGUGCAUUGAUUGGGCGGCCACCGCAGUCACUGGUCGUGCACAUGAAUCGGUCCGUGUUUGAUCCAGCCACUUUUGAUAUGAUCAAAAACUCUGCGCCCGUGCAGUUUCCCAUGACGCUGGACCUUGGCCCGUGGUGCCUAGGCAGCUCGGGCGCCAAGUCGGGCGGCGUCGAUGACGAGGAGCUGUGGCCCACGGGGUCCAUGUCCUCUUUGAUUGCGGGGGACAGUAGCCGCUCGCGGCUUUCUGGUCCGAUUUACGAGCUGCGCGCAGCCGUAACGCACUAUGGCCGCCACGAAAACGGCCACUACAUAUGCUAUCGCAAGUACCCGCGAUCUGCGCCAAGCAGCCCGUCUCCUAGCGAAGCUGCUGAAGCAGUAGAGGAAGAAAGGCCAGAGGGAUCAACAGUACCCGUGGCGGAGGAGAUGGCUUCAGAACUAUUGGCCGAGCCCCAGGCUGCCGCCAGACACGAUGCGCAAGAGGCAGGAAAAGAGGACGCUAUUGAUGCCGAUACUAGCGAGCCAACUUGGUGGCGACUAAGCGACCAUAACGUGAGUAAGGUUAGCGACGAGACGGUUAUGUCGCUAUCACCCGGUGUUUUUAUGCUCUUUUACGAAUGCGUCGACCCCAACAUGGUUCUCGACGUCGACGAGGACGAGAUGCAGGACGCCGAGUCCAACCUGCCGAGCGUCCACUAUGAAGUGACGGCGGCGCUCGACUCGGAGGGCGAGGAGUCGCACACCAUCAAGUCAGCGGCGUCCACGACGGCGACGGAGACGGAUGCGGACGACAGUCACUCAGGCGGCAGCACGACGGAGACGGACAACACGACGGUCGGCACAGCAAAGUCGGUGUCUCUCCCGGACAGCGAUUCCGAGGAUGGUGGUAAGGUGUAA